AUGUCAGCCAGAAGUUCCCUGCAGCAGCGCCGACUCAGCGCCAUCCAAAACGCGGCAGAUUAUAACAUAGUGCCAAGUCAGCACGAAGGCCAUACUUAUAGUGUGCGGAAAAGAAAGAAGAGCCGAUUCAGAUUGUGGUUCAAAAUUUUACCCCUUUUUAAGAAGGAUCAACAGGAAGUAGUACUAUCAGUAGCUAGCUUAGAGACUGAACAACACACUGAACAGCACAACGAAUCGACACCCAACACAUUACUGAAGAUGGCACGCAACACAGGUGAGCAAACUGACUUGAAGAACGGUUUAGGAACUUCAGCACCAUCAUUGGUGGGGCUAUCGGUAAGAGAUAUUGACGAUAAGGAAAACCCAGACUUCGUUCCCGAGAAGAAGGACGUGCAUCCAGAGCUUUCAUCUCAGGUGCUAGAGAAGAUUCAUUCUCAGAGUAAUCUCUCGAAGAGUCUCGAGGGAAAUGUCAGCGUGGACGACCUAAACAGAGAGGGCGCCUUGCUCACGGACGAUAACGAUGUUGACUUGGAGCAGUUAAUAUCAAAAAAGUUGGACGGUAUCACUAGUCUCAAGAUGCAAUUGAAGAAUAAGCGGAAACAACAGGCUCAUCCACAACAGGGAUCUACUGCGAGAAGUAGUGGUAGCCCUUGCAGUGCUGGACACCACCAUAUCUCUCCCGAGAACUCUAACUCGAAUCACUCGCUGGUGAUGUCCACUGACCCUAUUGAUGACUUCAUUAGCAUGGGUGCGACUUCCAAUUCCUCAUUAUCUGACAAACAUAAGGAGGCCGAGCAGCCAGAGCGCAUCCGGAAUUCAUAUGGCGAAUGGAUUCCAAACAAGUCACACCGGCCACACCUAUGUCGUGGUGAUUCGUACCAGAAGACUAUAACUGAUGUGGAUGAGAGACCCGGAAGAUCAUCGCAGCGCGCAUCGGGAUCUUCGGCUGAAUACCUGAGGUCUUUGUCGCGCUCCAUGCAGAGGGGCAGUUCUCUACAGAGGAGUAGCGGCGAACAGUUGGAUGAUAAGAACGCCACCUACACAACCAACAACUAUACUAUUCCACAGAGAGAUGUAGAGAUGGCGCCUCUUAUCAUCAGAGAGGACGAAGAAGACCAAUAUAAAGGGAAUGCGAAUGCGAGGCAUCUGUAA